UCCGUCAACGGAGUUUAGGUAUGGGAAACAAUCUUCUGUCUCUCCGUUCAAUCUAAAUACAAUCACCAUUUAAAGUUCAUCAUCCAUACAUCUAACAGCCCUUAUAGUGUCGCCACACUAGUCACGAACUCUUCUGUGCCGUUCGCGUCUCUUAGUAGUGUAAAGCGUGUGUGAUAUUGCUGAUAGAAGUGUUGAUGCUUAUCCGGUCUGGUGUUGUGGCCUAAAGCGCCGGGCGUCCUGCAACGACCACCUGGAUGCUUAUUUAAACGAGCUUUUUUCCUUUAUACACGUGCUUAAGUUAUUUAUUAUGUAUCGUUUUUAAUUGUACGAGUCGCCAUAGUGGAAAACUGAACCACGCAAACUACUAACAUUAGCAUUAAUAACAGCGGCUGUCACCGCACUAGAGAUGUAAUGGUGUAAGAUGAAAGUUCCGUCAGCUUUCAUUGACUCGAACUCUAUAACAAUGUUUUAUUCAUACAUUAACUUUAUAAAUAAGAUGCUGAGGAAAAAUUUAACUUGAAAACUUGUGCCUUUUCUUGAGCAUCUUUUACUGCAUGUCCCAUACGUUUAAAUGUGACAGGCCGCAAUGGGACGUGUGAUCAGGGGACAGAGAAAAGGUGCGGGCUCCGUCUUCAAAGCCCAUGUCAAGCACAGAAAAGGUGCUGCUAAACUCCGUCAUAUUGACUUCGCUGAACGCCAUGGCUACAUCAAGGGAAUCGUGAAGGACAUCAUUCAUGACCCCGGCCGUGGAGCUCCUCUGGCUAAGGUGAUGUUUCGUGACCCUUACCGCUUCAAGAAGAGGACCGAGCUGUUCAUCGCAGCUGAAGGAAUCCACACCGGCCAGUUCAUCUACUGCGGCAAGAAAGCCCAGCUGAACAUUGGCAAUGUGCUUCCCGUUGGCACCAUGCCUGAGGGCACCAUAGUCUGCUGUCUGGAGGAGAAGCCUGGAGACAGAGGCAAACUGGCUCGCGCAUCCGGAAACUACGCCACCGUUAUUUCCCACAAUCCCGAGACCAAGAAAUCCAGAGUGAAGCUUCCGUCUGGAUCCAAGAAGGUCAUCUCUUCUGCAAACAGAGCCGUUGUUGGUGUUGUUGCUGGUGGUGGUCGUAUUGACAAACCCAUCCUGAAGGCAGGACGUGCUUACCACAAAUACAAGGCCAAGAGAAACUGCUGGCCUCGUGUCCGUGGUGUGGCUAUGAACCCUGUUGAGCAUCCCUUCGGUGGUGGUAACCAUCAGCACAUUGGUAAACCCUCAACCAUCAGGAGAGAUGCGCCCGCUGGACGCAAGGUCGGUCUCAUCGCUGCCCGUCGUACUGGCAGACUGCGAGGAACAAAGACCGUCCAGGACAAAGAAAACUAAUCUGUAUCUUCAUAAUAAAAUGUGUCCCAACAAA